AUGGCGUCGUGGUGGCUGCCCUCGAUCGCCGCCGUAUCAUCGCCCACGUCGGUCAGCCUCUCCACGUCGUCGUCGCCUUCGAGCCCUUCGUCGUCGCCCACGGCGCUCUUCUCAUCGUCGCCGACCUCGAGCUUGUCGCCCGAGACGCCCUCGUCCCCUCGCUCCCGCACCGCCGCGUCGUCCUUUUGCGUACUCGUUGACGAAAGGCCCAAGAAAAAGAGUCCCAAGCGCUUGUCCAAACCGAAGGUGCUGUUGGCCGACGACAACUUUGACAUGCGCGAGUACGUCGCGCGGCUGCUCGCCCCCAAGUACGAAGUCAUCAGCGUGUCCAACGGAUUGGAAGCGCUGAGCGUGCUACGGGCGCACUCGCAGGCUGUCGAUCUCGUCCUGACCGACGUCAUGAUGCCCUUCCUUGACGGGUUCGGCCUGCUCAAGGAAAUCAGGGCCAAGGACCAGACGCGUACGCUGCCGGUGAUCAUGCUAUCGGCGCGCGCCGGAGAGGAGGCGAGCGUGGAGGGGCUGGACGAGGGUGCCGAUGACUACCUCACUAAGCCCUUCACCGCCCGCGAGCUCCUUUCCCGCGUGGCCUCCCACCUCAAGAUGUCCCGCCUGCGCCUCGAAGCCGCCAAAAUCGAACAGGAGCUCCGCAUGCAGGUCAAUGAGGGAAAAGAGAGGUUGGAGCGCAUCCUGGCGUCGAUUCAGGACGCAUUCAUUUCGCUCGACUCGCGGCUUCGUUACACAUUCGUGAACAACAACGCAGCCGUGCUCCUGGGCGCUAAGAAAGAAGCGAUGAUCGGCCAGAGCGUGUGGCGAUUUAUGGUCGACAAUGAAGAGGGCGUCGUGCGACGAAACCUGGAAAGGGCCAUGACCGACCAGAUCGACGUCGAUUUCGAGUAUUACUACCCCGCGCUCGACCGAUGGUUUGAGAGCAGGAUCUAUCCGGGCGCGGACGGCGGCGUCACGAUCUACUCAGUGGACAUCACCGCGCGCAAGAAAUCCGAAGAGCGCCUCAGCCUGCUGGCCAAGGUGGGUGAAAUACUGUCCGCCAGUAUCGACAGCCGCCUGCUCUCGGUGCUCACGACCACGGUGCAACACAUCGGAGAGUCGGUGGUGGCCGACUGGUGCAUCUUGGACGUCGUAGACGAGAACGGGACCCUGCAGCGAAUCGCCUCCAGCCGCGCGUCGCCCCAUCUCUGGGAACUGCACAAGCUGCAGCCCAACGGCAAGACGACGAAGAAGUGUUAUCUGGAGAUGGAGCUGUGCAACGGGGAGCAGGUGGGUCUGGCCAGCAGCCUGCGGGCCGACCUGGACUUCGUGACCUACCUCAUGAAGGGCCACGGCAAGACCUUCGGCUCGGCGGCCGAGAAGGCAAAUCAGGCCAAGGACCACUUCCUCGCCGCCCUCUCCCACGAACUGCGCACGCCCCUCACCCCGGCCCUCCUUCUCUCCGAGUCCCUUCUCGGCGAACAACUGCCGCCGAACGUGGAGGAGAGCGUGAGGAUGAUCCGCGAGUCGGUGGAGCUCGAGGUGCAGCUGAUCGACGAUCUGCUCGACCUCACCAAGAUCGCUCGCAAUAAGCUGAAGCUGGCGUUUGCCGAGGUGUCGGUCCAUGCCCUGCUCACGCGCACCCUGCAAAUCGUGGCGCACGACGCCGCGGUCAAGAGCAUCGCCGUGACGCUCGACACCAGCGCCAUCAACGACAGGGUCGACGGCGAUCCCGCCAGACUCCAGCAGGUGUUUUGGAACAUUAUUAAGAAUGCGAUCAAGUUCACGCCGGCGGGUGGGUCGAUAUGCAUUCGGUCGUCCAAUUACGUUCAGCCGAACGACGAGCACGGCGCCGGCGCCGAGCAGAAUAACUCCGAACCGUCGAGCCCGCACCACGAGGAGGAGGACCACGAGCAGCUGCGCCAGCAGUACCACCAGCACCACCAGCACUACGGCGGCGGCGGCGCGUCGAGCGAAUCGCCCGACCCGCAGCAGCAGCCCAAGGUGCUGGCGGCCGAGAAGCGGGCCAGGGUGAUGCUGCGGGUGGACGUCAUCGACACGGGCAUCGGCAUCGAGAGCCACGUCCUGCCGCACCUCUUCCGCGCCUUCGAGCAGGGCGACGCCUCCAUCACCCUACGCUUCGGCGGCCUCGGGCUCGGCCUUGCCAUCUCGCGGUCAUUGGUGGAGAUGCACCACGGCCUGCUGGGGGCACGCAGCGAGGGCCUCUCGCACGGAUCCACCUUCAGCGUCUGCCUGCCCACCUUGGAGCACAAGGCGCCGACGGCGGAGCUUCCUGCGCGACUGCCGGAGACGUCCGACACUGCGAGUGCGACGCCCAAGGGGCCGACGGCGUCAGCGCCAUUGCCGUCUUCGCCGGCGACGAGGUUCCCUGGGGUGGUAUCGUCGCUGACCAAGCCGCUCAAGGUGCUGCUCGUCGAGGACAACAAGAGCACCCUCAUGAUCAUGUCCCGCCUCCUCCGCCAAAAGCUCGGCUUCGACGUCCUCGUCGCCGUCUCCGUCGCCGACGCCCUCCAGGUCGCGGAGAAGGAGAAGGGCGCGUUUGAUCUGGUGAUCAGCGACAUUGGCCUGCCCGACGGGCAUCGCGCUGUCGGCUACGGCAUGGAGGAGGACCUGAGGCGGAGCAAGGAGGCCGGCUUCCAGCUGCACCUCACCAAGCCCGUACACUUCUCGUCCCUCACCGAAGCCAUCCAGACCCUCAUUGCCUCUUCCACCUCCGCUCCCGCCUCUGCCUCCACCACCCCUUCCGCUUCAUCCACACCCGACUACUCGUCUUCUUCAUCAUCAUCAUCAUCCACCACCGCGACCAACGCUUGCACAGAGCUGACAUCAUCUUGCUCCUCGUCACUCUCAUUCUCGCGAGACAUCACGUCACCACCACCAUCCACCUCGACCGCGUUCGCUCCACCACACCCGCCCUCGCUCCUCACCGCUUCUCUCCUCCAAUCUGUGACACCCAACACCAUGGGCGGAACAGCCUUUGCUUCUUCGUCAUCAUCGUCAUCGUCAUCAUCGUCGUCAUCACCUUCUGCCUCACGAAGUUGA